GCGGGGCGGAGCCGCCGCCCUUUCCCCACCCCCGGCGCCCGGCCCUGCCGCCAGCCCCGAGCUUCCCCAGCCGCCCUGCGCAUCUCGCCGGCCACAUCGUCCGCACCAUGAAGGCGCUCCUGCUCGCUGUGCUGGCCGCGGUGCUGUGCGUGGAGAGAGCCCACACGCUCGUCUGCUUUUCCUGCUCGGAUGCCUCCUCCAACUGGGCCUGCCUGAAGCCUGUCAAGUGUGGAGAGAAUGAAAACCACUGCGUGACGACGUACGUCGGAGUGGGACUCGGCGGCAAAUCCGGCCAGUCCAUCUCGAAGGGAUGCUCCCCCAUCUGCCCCAGCGCCGGCAUCAACCUGGGGAUCGCGGCCGCCUCCGUCUACUGCUGCGACUCCUUCCUGUGCAACAUCAGCGGCUCCAACAGCGUCCGAGCCAGCUCCACCAUCCUGGCCUUGGGAAUCCUCGUCAGCCUCCUCUACGUCCUCCAGGCCCGCGAGUGAUGGCGCUGCCCGAGGAAGAGCCGCCUCCCACGGGUCUCGUUAGCCAAUAUCUGCUCUGUUGCUGUCUGCAAGGAGAUACUCUGUUUCUCAGCAGGCUCCCGAGGUGAUUGUUUCCAGGACUUUUUUUUUUUUCCGCUCUUCCAAGCGUUGGAGACCUGGGCGGUUUGGCCGAGCUGUUCUCCUCCUCUUCCUCCUCCUCCUCCUCCUCCUCCUGUGGACAUCUCCCGCUGCGCUCUCGCUCCUCCUUCGCCAAGGCGGAUGAUUUUGGAAGGGUUUCUGCUUUUUCUACCUGUUAAUAACGUACCCACCUCCCCCCUGCCGUCCUCAUUUCUAAGGUUGGGGUUCGCUGAGAACAGGAUGCCCCAAGCACCACCAGGUCUGCUCCAGCAUGUGGGUGGCACAGGCAGCGGGAAUGCAGGAUCCAAAGGGAGACACAUUCCUGGCCCCUGGCAGCUGCAGUCUCUUUUUAUAAAAUUGUCUCGUUUCUUCUGAUCCUGGGCUGACUUUUCUGGAAAACCAAUGCCGUGUACCUUGUCCUUCCAAGCUCUGUAAGUGCCAGACCUGAAUAAACUUGCUCCUGUUGUUACCUGA